GUGUGACUGUCACUCAGGGCUUAGUGCCAUAUGCUGUAGUGCUGGAGGGUAUAGGUGGAAAUGGUAUGAGAGGUGAUAUGGCCAUCGAUGACAUUCUGCUGGUAGACAACGCAUGCACAGGUGCCAAUGUGUCCACAACGCCUGCGUUGGGUACAGUCAGUCCAGGUACUUCGGUGCGUGCUUGUGACUUUGAGGCAAAGCAAUAUCUGUGGCUUUCUGCAGGAUACUACAGACAACUUCAAUUGGACACAAACAACUAAAGCUACAGCUACCAUUGGCACAGGGCCAUCAAAUGAUCACACUUAUGGCACUUCAAAUGGUCACUACAUGUACACUGAUGCUUCCAAACAGAAGAAUACCCAGAAAGCACGUUUGUUGUCACCAACAUAUACUGAUCAUAGUGACAUGUGCCUUCAGUUCUUUUACCAUAUGUAUGGUGAUGGCAUUGGAACUUUCAAUGUUUAUGCAAAGACAUCAGCUGCCAGUGCCUUACCACGUCCUAUCUUCAGUCGCAGAGGAGAUCAGGGCAAUCGCUGGAUAAUUGGACAAGUGACCAUUCCACAAUCUGUAACAGUUUCAGGCUAUAAGAUUGUAUUUGAAGGUGUUAUUGGUACCAGCCCUCGAGGAGACAUUGCUCUUGAUGAUGUCAGCAUUCUUCAAGGACAAUGCCGUUCUCCAGGAAACUGCAACUUUGAACAAAACUUGUGCACCUGGACCAACAUCCAGCAAGGAGAUGAUUUUGACUGGACCAUGAACAGAGCUGGCACUGCUACUAAUAGCACAGGACCAAAAGCUGAUCAUACCCUUGGAACUCCUAUAGGAAAAUAUUUGUACAUCGAAACAUCAGCACCCCGUGUGAUAGGAAACAAAGCUUGGUUAGUCAGUCAGACCUUUCCACCUGUUUUUUCUAGUGGACGUUGCAUCCACUUUUGGUACAGCAUGUAUGGACAAACAGUGGGCAUGUUGAGAGUCAUUGUUCGCAUUCCUGAUGGGGGAAACCAGACCAUUUGGCAGUUAUCAGGCAAUCAGGGACAGAACUGGCAGAAUGCACAAGCAUCAAUUCCCAAAAUAAAUGCCAAUUAUGCUGUCAUCUUUGAGGGUCGUCGUGGCACAAGCUUCACAGGAGACAUAGCAAUUGAUGACAUCUCAUUUACUGAAAGCUCUUGUGGAGUGAGUCCACCUGGAGCAGCACUAUCAAGCACAGGGCCUCCGCCCACAAGGGGAACAACUCCUUCACCAGGGAUCAGCUCUGGACCAUUCAACUGUUCUUUUGAAACUAAUUUCUGUGGCUGGACUCAGGAUAUUCAUGAUCAGUUUGACUGGACUCGGCUCAAAGGAUCUACCAGUACCAAUGGUACUGGCCCUACUGGUGACCACACACAAGCUAACCACAGUGGAUACUAUGUGUACAUUGAGACAUCAGGAAAUCUUCACUAUGGAGACAAAGCUCGCCUGGUGUCACCCACAGUGGCGUCAGGGAAAUAUUGUCUGACCUUCUGGUACCACAUGUAUGGACAGAGUAUUGACCAUCUUAAUGUUUACAUCAUGGCUGGUAACACCAUCCCAUCAACUCCAGUGUGGACACGAGCUCGCAAUCAGGGUAAUGCCUGGUUCAGUGCAAAAGUGGACCUUCCCACCAUCUCCACACCCUUCAAUAUUGUCUUUGAAGGUGUGCGUGGCAUCAGUUACCAAGGGGACAUUGCACUGGAUGACCUCAGCCUGAAACCUGGCAUCUGUGGUGUAGCUUCCACAACUGGGUCCAACACCUCAAACACAGUCAGCUGCAACUUUGAAUCUGCAGAUCUUUGUGGGUUCACCCAGGUCCAGGGAGACAAAUUUGACUGGACCCGCCUCUCAGGGGUCACAUCUACUGCACACACUGGACCUAACAAUGACCACACCUAUGGAACAAUGACAGGACAUUACAUGUAUGCUGAAGCCUCUGCUCCCAGGAAGCAAGGUGAUAAUGCCUUGCUGAAGUCCUUCCUCAUUGCCAAGAACACACAACAAUUGUGUGUAACUUUCUGGUAUCACAUGAGUGGAACAAACAUUGGCAUCUUAAAUCUCUAUUUGCUUCAGGGGAAUGGAGUGCAAACAAAAAUUUGGUCAUUAUCAGGAGAUCAAGGGACAUCUUGGCAAAAAGCCUCUGUACUUGUACAGCCACAUCCCAUACAGUGGCAAGUGGUUUUUGAGGCUAUACGUGGCAACGGAGACCUGGGAGAUGUUGCUAUUGAUGACUUCUCUGUUUCUGCAUCUGGCUGCCCAUUAUCAGCUUUUGUUGCAAACUGUAAAUUUGACUCUGGCCUGUGUUCAUCAUGGUCUCGAGAUCCCACAGGACAGUUUGACUGGCUCAUAGGCUCAGGGAGUCCAUUCAGUGAUCACACCAUGAAGAAUGCAACAGGGAAAUACAUGUAUGCUGAUGCGUCUUCACCACGUGUGAAUGGGGACAAGGGUCGAAUUGUGAGCACUAUGCUGGCCAAUGGAUCAGCAAGUUGCUUACACUUCUUUUACAACAUGUAUGGAUCGAGCAUUGGGACACUGAAAGUUUGGAUUCGCCAGAAUGUAGACAGCAGACAGAUUGCUCUGUGGGCAUUGACUGGACACCAGCAACAAGGCUGGCAGGAAGCAAAAGUGCCCAUACCAGCUCAGAAAGACUCUUUUAGUAUCGUCUUUGAGACAAUUCGUGGAGCAACUUGGAAUGGAAGAAUUGCCAUUGAUGAUGUCUCAUUUGAUAAGGCUUCCCCAUGUGGAUUGACUCCUCAGUCAGCUUUGAUUGCUCCAGCCCAAUCAGUGACUUUCAGACAACUCCAGGCCACAUCUUUGGGCACCUCUACCCCAUCAACGCCUAGGACUACUGUUCAUCCCACAGGUGGCACCGGUGUUGCUUGUGAUUUCACUUUUGACCUUUGUGGCUGGGUUCAGGAUCAUAGUGAUAAUUUUGACUGGUUACGCAAUAGAGGGGCCACAGCAACACAAGGCACAGGACCCAGUUCUGAUCAUACCAGUGGAAAGGGAUACUAUGUUUAUAUUGAAACAUCAAAUACUACAAACAAUGCAAGGGCUCGGCUUGUAAGUCCCACUCUAAAUAUUCAGUCUGGCCAUGUGUCUUGCUUCUCCUUCUGGUAUAAUAUGUAUGGGGCAAAUGUCAACAAACUGAACAUAUAUUUCAAGAACUCCACUGGAGCAGCUUCACCUGUUUGGACAUUGAGUGGUACCCAGGGUCCCAAUUGGCAUCAUACCCAGCUUACUGUUCCUGCUGGAACUCUGCAGAUCAUAGUAGAAAGUUUGAGAGGAACCAAAGAUCAGGGAGAUAUAGCACUGGAUGACUUCAAUCUUACGGAUGGAAACUGCCUAGGUCAGCCAGGCCAGUUUGCAGUUUUGUCCUGUGACUUCGAGUCUAACAAGUGUGGCUAUACUGAUGAUGCAGAGGACUUUAAAUGGAUCCGCAAAAGUGGACCUACAAUCAGCUCCAAUACAGGACCCACACAAGAUCACACCAAAGGAACUAGCUCUGGCUUUUACAUUUACACAGAAGCAUCCUCUCCACAAAAGCCAGGGCAAAAAGCAGGCCUGAUUUCACCACAGGCACCUCCUGGCCCAGCCUGCCUGACUUUUUGGUACCACAUGUAUGGCUCUCAGAUGGGUCGGCUGAAUGUUUAUGUUCGUAUUGGCAGCAAUCGAGGUCUACCUGUUUGGAGUAGAAGCUCAAACCAAGGAAACAAAUGGAAUGUGGCUCAAGUUUCUCUAAAACCUACUAGUACAUUCUCACUGGAGUUUGAAGGAGUCUUGGGAGCAGGCGACACAUCAGACAUUGCCAUUGAUGACUUAAAUGUUACUUCAGGACCUUGCAGUGCAGCUGGUUCUUGCAGCUUUGACAGAGGAACUUUGUGUUCCUUUGUAAAUGUCAAGCAAGGAGGCGGUGAUGACUUUGACUGGGUGAUUCAACAUGGAGGUACACCCAGUGCAGGAACUGGUCCUUCUUCAGACCAUACAAUGGGCACAGCAAAUGGUUACUAUGUGUUCAUUGAAGCAAGCUUACCUCAACAUAGAGGUCAAAAAGCCUGGCUGCUGAGCGAAAGUCUGGUUAAAACUGGGCAGAGUGUUCACUGUCUUUCCUUCUGGUACAACAUGUAUGGAAUUGCAGUAGGAUCACUUAAUGUCUACUUGACCAGCAAUGGAUCUCUGCCAGGUAGGAUAAUGUGGAUGCUGUCUGGUAACCAGGGAAACAAGUGGAUGGAGGGAAGAUUUCCAGUUGUGUCAUCUUCUGAUUUUAAGAUUCUUUUUGAGGGAGUGGUGGGUCAAGGUGAUCUGGGAGACAUUGCUGUUGAUGAUGUGGCUUACAGAAGUGGCUCAUGUGCAUACACCCCUUCACUGGCUAGACCAUCUUCUCUCAGCACUACAACUACUGCGUCCACAGCCAGGACCUCCCCCAUCACAGCUACCUCAUUGGCAGGUACAUUUGACUGCAAUUUUGAGAGCAACUUCUGUGGGUGGACUCAAGCAUCAGACGACCAGUUUGACUGGACACGUCAUAAAGGUAGUGCAGGCAGACCUGGCACAGGGCCAUCAGCUGACCACACAAAUGGAGUUGGGUACUUUGCUUACAUUGAGACCUCAGCUCCAAGACAAUCAGGUGACAAAGCCAGGCUGCUGAGCCCUCCUGUGACAGGGACAGGAAUAAAAUGUUUGAUAUUCUGGUACUACAUGUAUGGUCCAAAUGUCCAAACACUCAAUAUGUAUGUAGUGGGUGAUUCCAAUCUUGGUCAGCCUGUGUGGACAAGGACUGGCACAUUGGGCAGCAACUGGAUUAAUGCUGCUGUUGAUGUAAACAUAGGCAACACUCAAAAAGAGUUUCAGGUUGUGUUUGAAGGAGUGCGUGGAAAUGGUCCCCAAGGAAAUAUAGCUAUUGAUGACAUCACAUGGGGAGAUGGAUAUUGUAGCAAUAAUGGCAAUGAUGGAGGAACCUGUAAUUUUGAAGAUCCUCUGCUGUGUGGCUACACACAAGAACAAACUGUAGACAAGUUUGAUUGGACACAGCAAACUGGCAUCACUAGCACUAGCAAUACAGGACCCUCCUUUGACCAUACUUAUGGAACAGCUCAAGGUCAUUAUAUGUACAUCGAGACAUCUUCACCACGUGUCCAAGGAGACAAUGCUAUGUUACUCUCUCCUCAACAUAUUGCAAGCCAAAGUGAUGUCUGUCUGUCUUUCUACUUCCACAUGUUUGGGAUUGGCAUUGGCAUGCUGAGUGUCAGACUGAAAACUAACAAUGCUUUGGGCAACCCCGAAUGGUCAUUAACUGGCAACCAAGGCAAUAAAUGGCAUAUGGCACAAGUAAAUCUUGCUGCAUCAAAGCUGACAAGUCCCUUUCAGAUUGUGUUCGAGGGUAUCAAGGGGACCACUUACUUUGGAGAUAUAGCCAUCGAUGAUGUGGUUGUUGCCUCUGGAGCCUGCUCGUCAAGUGAUGGAAGUUGUACCUUUGAAUCAGGACUGUGCACAUGGAAAAAUCUCCAGUCAGAUGACUUUGACUGGACACUGCAUCAAGGUGCAACAGACACUGCCAAUACUGGGCCAUCAGCUGACCACACUUUAAAUACAGUAAAAGGUACCUACAUCUACAUGGAGUCUUCAAGUCCCCAGCAUCCUGGUGAUCGUGCAUGGCUUAUAAGUCAAGUAUUCUCACCCACAAAGGCACGAUGUGUGACAUUCUGGUAUCAUAUGAAUGGAGAAAACAUUGGUAGCCUUCGUGUGUACGUACAGGUGGGCACAUCCAACUACACCAUCUGGACACAAAAAGGUGACCAAGGUGAUAAAUGGAUCUUUGGCCAGGCACCCAUUUUCUCAAAUCUCAACUACUAUAUUUUAUUUGAAGGAGUACGGGGAAAUGGACCAUAUGGAGAUAUUGCCAUUGAUGACAUUGAGUUCACAAGCUCGACAUGUGGAGAAAGGGGAGGCCUGAAUAUUACUGGCACACCUCCUACAUUCACAACACCUUUCAGCACCAGCAUGGCUCAAGGAAUUUUCAACUGCAACUUUGACACAAACUUUUGUGGUUGGACUCAGGAUAUUAGUGAACAGUUUGACUGGCUCAGAAACAAAGGAUCUACACCUACAGUGGGUACUGGCCCUACUGUGGACCACACUUCCUCCACUGGGUAUUAUGCCUAUAUUGAAACAUCUCAACCAAGAAAGCAAGGUGAUAAAGCUCGUCUGAUAAGCCCACAACUGUCUGGAUCUGCCAAAUGCAUUACAUUCUGGUAUUUGAUGUAUGGACCCAACGUUGCUGAUCUUAACAUCUACACCAGGACAGGCCCUUCACAACUUAACAAAGUCUUUACAAGGUCUGGCACACAUGGCCCAAGCUGGAUAAAGGCACAGGUGGACAUGAGUAGUACUGUGCCAUUUCAGGUCAUUGUGGAAGGAGUAACAGGCUCUGGCUACAUGGGUGACAUAGCUAUUGAUGAUAUCACCUAUACUGAAGGCAUGUGUAAUCCAGUAAUGUCUGACGUACUGAGCUGCUCAUUUGAAGACAGCUCAUUAUGCGGCUACAGUCAGGUUAGUACUGAUCAGUUUGACUGGACUCUGAAAGCAGGAAGUACAACUACUGUGGGUACAGGGCCAAUCAGUGAUCACACCUAUGGUACAAAUAGAGGUCAUUAUGUAUACAUUGAGACAUCUGUGCCUCAGCACCCUGGUGACAAAGCUCUGUUGAUCUCCCACUUAUACACUCCUGGAAACACUAGCCAAUGUCUGGAGUUCUGGUACCAUAUGUUUGGAAAUACAGUUGGCACACUGAAUGUCUACUUUAUGAACAGUGGUAUCAUGGGCAACCCUGUCUUCACACUAUCUGGCAACCAAGGCAACCAGUGGGUGAGAGCUCAAGUGGGUAUUGGACAGAUGAAUGGCCAGCCAUUCCAGUUAGUGUUUGAAGGGAUUGUUGGCAGAUCCUACCUGGGAGAUAUUGCCAUAGAUGAUGUGUCACUCAAGACUGGCACUUGCAGUCAAGGAGCAGCACGAUGUGACUUCCAGAUAGAUAUGUGUUCUUGGACCAAUAGUCAGAGUGAUGAUUUUGACUGGAUCAUGGGGAGUGGAAAGACAACAACCACUGGUACAGGACCAUCUGUUGAUCAUACACUCAACAGUGCAAAUGGAACAUACAUAUUCAUCGAAACAUCAACACCUGUUAUACCAGGUCAACAUGCUGUCCUUCAGAGCUUCUUGCAGUCUCCAAGUCAGCAUGCUCAUUGUCUAAUAUUCUGGUAUGACAUGCAUGGAACAGACAUUGGUACUUUAAAUAUAUGGAUCAGUCCUCAGAACUCCACAAAUCCUUUUGUCAUCUGGACCUUGUCUGGUGACCAAGGAGAUAGAUGGCUGCAAGGAGCUGUACCUUUACCUGUAGAAUCUACAACUUACAAGAUUUUGUUUGAAGCAAUCCGUGGAAGAUCAUAUACAGGGUACAUUGCUCUGGAUGAUAUUAAUAUCAAUGGCACAAGCCCAUGUGCAAUCCAGCCAUCUCAAGCAGCGCCCACCACAACAGCUCCUUUUGUAACAUCCUCUGCACCACCUGGCGUUGUACCUACCGGAUUCAGCUGUGACUUUGAACAGAAUUUCUGCAGUUGGCACCAAGACAAGACUGAUACCUAUGACUGGAUACGUAUACAGGGACCAACAGCAUCUCCUGGCACAGGUCCAGAUGCUGACCACCAUGGCGACAAAAAUCAUUUCUACAUCUACAUGGAGGCCUCAUCUGGAAAAGAUGGGGAUACUACUCGCCUUAUAAGUCCUUCUUUCCGCCCAGACACAUCUUUGUGUCUGGCUUUCUGGUACCACAUGUAUGGUAUCCAUGUCAAACAACUCAAUGUCUACCUCUCUGGACCUACUGGAAACUUCACCAUCUGGUCAAUGAAUGGAACACAAGGCAAUGUUUGGCACCAGGCACAGAUCUGGUUUGGUGACCCACUCUAUACUGGUUACACCAACGUGAUGCUUGAAGCAGUUAGAGGGAGUACGUACCUCGGUGACAUUGCUGUUGAUGACGUUACUUUAUCUUCAGGUCCUUGUACAGAUGACUCAAGCCUGUCCAAUAUUGACUGUGACUUUGAGGCCAGUGAUGCUUGCCAUUAUCAACAAGAAACUAAUGAUGACUUUGAUUGGAGCCGUAGCAGUCAAUCUACAAUUACUGUAGGAACAGGACCAAGCUCUGACCACACAUAUGGCACAUCAUCUGGUCACUACUUGUAUAUUGAGAGCUCAGCACCCAGAAAACCAGGGCAAAGGGCAUUGUUAUGGACACCAAGAGUGGCAGGAACUGGCUGUGUAUCAUUCUGGUAUCACAUGUAUGGCAACACCAUGGGGACACUGAAUGUCUAUGCUGCUUCAUCAACCACCAGUCUGGGUCAAGCCAUAUGGUCCCUUUCUGGUGACCAAGGUAACAGGUGGUACAGAGCUGAAGCCAGGUUGCCAGACACAACAGGAAUCAUGAUUGCUUUUGAAGGCAUUGUGGGAUCAAGUUACCUCAGUGACAUUGCUAUUGAUGAUGUAAAGCUACUGUCCAACUGCUUACCACAGGGGUUUUGUGACUUUGAAAAUGAUUUGUGUGGCUGGACGCAAAAAAGUGUUGCUGGGUCAUCUGGAUCCUUUGCAAGAGCAAAAUCUACGUCACAGAUAAUACACAGUAGCUUGCCACUUCCUACUGGUGAUCAUACAUAUGGUUCUAGCAAUGGUACAUUUCUGUACUUCGCUGCAGCCUCAGUGCUUGUACAACCGGGAACACGAUUACAGUUAGUGUCUCCUGCAUUGCCUGCCACAAGCUCUUCUGGUGUUUGUUUUCAUUUCUGGUUGAUUAAUUAUGGUUUUGGAUUUUCCAUCCUUACCAUCUACCUUCAGCCACAGUCUGGAUUGAAUAAAGCAAUAUGGAUCCUGAACAGUGAUGUAGACUAUAGUGAUUCUGGUAGGAGUAACUUUCAGGAAGCACAGGUAUCAUAUUACUCAAGCACUCAGCACAAAAUCAUUGUGGAACUGACUACCAAAGGGGCUGAAGGUUACAUUAUGCUGGAUGACUUCUCCUUCCUGCAGAGCAUGUGUGAAGUAAAGCCACCCACAGCAGUCAGUAAUUACGUGCUAACACCACCAAGUUUGUACACUACCAUCCACCCACCAGGCAAUACCACCUCAUUAUGGGACUGUAACUUUGAGACUGACCAGUGCUCAUACAUUCAGAAUACAGAUGAUCAGUUUGACUGGACUCGCAGUCAAGGUGCACAAUCAACAUUUAACAAUGGACCAGCUUUUGACCACACCACUGCUAAUGAUUUGGGAUGGUACCUAUAUAUCACUUCAUCUGGACAACAUCAUGUCAAUGACACAGCCCGUCUGUCUAGUAUCCCAGUGACUGGAGGAAUCACAAGAUGUCUAUCUUUUUGGUAUUACAUGUAUGGUCCUCAUGUCAACACUAUCAAUGUAUACACCAGAAUAGGUUCUACAUAUGGGAACCCUGUAUGGCAUCAUGCUGGCACAGCAGACAAUAAUUGGCACCAGGCUGUUUUCACCCUACGGGUCACCAGUACCUACAUUAUUGUUUUUGAGGCUGUACGUGGCAACAGUUAUGCUGGUGACAUGGCUAUUGAUGACAUCUCGGUAAAAGAUGGUGACUGUGGGUUAGCAUCCAUUUCAUCAUGCACUUUUGAGGAUCCAUAUAUAUGUGGAUUCCAACAAGCCUACGAUGAUGAUUUUGAUUGGAAACGAGCAAGUCUAUCCACUUCUUCCUCUCGCGCUAUUCCAGCUACAGACCACACUCUUGGCACAAGCAGCGGAUUCUACAUGUACAUAGGGGGUUUGGGAACACAACAUUCAGGUAAUCGAGCACGCCUUAUCAGUCCUUCCCAACUUGCAACAACAGGUUCAUGUCUCCGUUUUUGGUACUACAUGCAUCAAAAUUUGGACGGCACUCUAUCAGUAUAUCUUCGCUCUGGGAACCAGUUCAUUAACACUAUCUUCAACAUAUCUGGUGACCAAGGAGACCACUGGAUCCAAGCAGAAAUUACUGUUCUCUCAGCUGGGUCUUGGGAAGCUGUAUUUGAAGGUGUGAUUGCCAGUGACUCUGCCAAUAACAUUGCAAUUGAUGAUGUCAGCAUACUUUCUGGUUCCUGUGGGUCAGUGUCAGGAGGCUGCAAUUUUGAUGUGGACUCUUGUACAUGGUCCAACGUCCAAGGUGAUAACUUUGAUUGGAUGCAGACCAAAGGUGCCACACCAUCUCAGUACACAGGUCCCAGUGGAGACCACACACAAGGCAGCGGUGAAGGGGGUUAUGUGUUUAUUGAGAGCUCUGCUCCCCGUGUGCCUGGUGAUCGUGCUUGGCUGGUAUCCCAACCUUUUGCUGCAUUUACAGGCCUUAGGUGUCUUGGCUUCUGGUACCAUAUGUAUGGCAGUGGCAUUGGGUCUCUGAAUGUGUACCUGGAUGAUAGAGCUAACACGUCGCACACAAUAUUAUGGACUCAGUCUAAAGACAAAGGUGAUGUAUGGCAACAUGGACAGAUUCCAUUACCACCACAGAGCAAGGAGUACCAGAUUCGAUUUGAAGGUAUCAGGGGACAAACUUUCUAUGGUGACAUUGCGCUAGAUGACAUUUCUUUUACAUCAACUUCAUGUGUGUACCAACCAUCAGAUGCGCUUCCACACUUACUGUCAACGAUUCCUAUACUGGCAUUGUCUACUCAUGCUCCCUUCAUAUCUCAGUCUCCAUAUGACUGCUCUUUUGAGAAUGACUACUGCUCAUGGACACAAGAUAAUUCAGAUGCUUUUGACUGGCAUCGUGGCCAGGGACCAGCUGGUACCAUAGCCACAGGACCCUUUAUGGACCAUACAAUAGGCAAUAACAAUGGAUGGUAUGCUUAUAUUGAGACAGCAAGUACACAAGGGAACAAUGAGUCAAGAUGUGUUAAAAUUUCAGAAUAAUUUCAUAUAAUCAGCUUCUAGAAUAAAAUGUUACAAAAACCAG